AGCAUACUUAAGAGAGGUGUGUGAUAGACAUGGUCAUCCGUCUCUGCACUCAUUGUCAGCCCUAUCUCAAUCAUGAGUAGUGUCGCGCUUUCCAAAAACAAACUUCCGAAGGAUUUUCUGUGGGGUUUCGCGACAGCGAGUUUCCAGAUCGAAGGCUCCCUGGAUGCGGACGGACGAGGAAAGUCGAUCUGGGACGACUUUUCGCGCCAGCCGGGCAAAACACUCGACGGCGGCAACGGGGAUGUCGCGACGGACUCAUACAACCGCUGGAAGGAGGACAUCGACCUGCUUGUGUCGUACGGCGUGAAAUCCUACCGCUUCUCUAUUGCAUGGUCCCGUAUCAUUCCGCUCGGCGGCCGCAACGACCCUGUGAACGAAAGCGGCAUACAGUUCUACUCCACUAUUAUUGACACGUUGCUGGCGAAGGGUAUCACCCCGUUCGUGACAAUAUACCACUGGGACCUACCGCAGGCUCUAGACGACAGAUAUGGCGGUUGGCUCAACAAGGAGGAAAUCGUACCGGACUUCGUCAACUACGCCAAAGUCUGCUUUGAACGGUUCGGCGACCGCGUAAAGUAUUGGCUCACAUUCAACGAGCCCUGGUGUAUUUCUAUCCUCGGCUAUGGCCGUGGCGUAUUCGCACCAGGCCACUCGAGUGACCGCAACCGGAGUCCUGUAGGCGACUCUGCAACCGAGCCGUGGAUAGUUGGACACAGCGUCAUCCUGGCGCAUGCCUACGCAUCGAAAUUGUACCGCGAGCAGUUCAAGCAGGCCCAGGGUGGCCAGAUUGGCAUCACACUCAAUGGCGACUGGAUGAUGCCAUAUGAUGAUGCCCCCGAGAACAUUGAAGCGGCUCAGCAUGCGUUGGACGUUGCAAUAGGCUGGUUCGCUGACCCGAUCUAUCUCGGGCAUUACCCGGAGUAUCUCGGAGUCAUGCUGGGCGACCGGCUGCCGGUAUUCACGCCCGAAGAGCUCGCCGUCGUGAAAGGCUCCUCCGAGUUCUAUGGCAUGAACACAUACACCACCAACCUUUGCAAGGCUGGAGGCGACGAUGAGUUCCAAGGGAAGGUGCAGUACACUUUCACGCGACCGGACGGGACACAGCUCGGCACCCAAGCGCACUGUGCCUGGCUCCAAGACUAUGGACCUGGCUUCCGCGAUCUGCUCAACUACCUAUGGAAGCGUUACGGAAAAGCCAUCUACGUGACCGAGAAUGGUUUCGCGGUGAAGGACGAGACAAGUAAGCCUAUCGAAGAGGCGCUCUCGGACCACGACCGCGUGCACUACUUCCAAGGCACGACCUCCGCCCUGCUUGCCGCUGUCGCCGAGGACGGUGUCGACAUCCGGUCGUAUUUCGCGUGGAGUCUGCUCGACAACUUCGAAUGGGCGGACGGCUACACGACGCGUUUUGGCGUGACCUACGUUGACUACGACAACCAGAAACGCUACCCGAAGGACUCUGCGCGCUUCAUCUGCCAGUGGUUCAAGGAUAACGUCGAGAAGGACGAGCCUCCCGCGCCGCGGCGCAAGGGCCCGCUCGCCGCCCUGGCGGCGCGCCUGGUCAACGCCGUCAAGGCUUGA